UGGCGAGAAAACAAUUCCGGAAAAUACAAUUGUCAAAUGCAACGUAAAGGAGGUAGCCUAUGUAUUGGAGUUCAUAAACAUAUGCAUGCAUCUACCUAAGUGACAGCGUUGACCGGUAAAAGGGAAGGGAUUUUGAUCACAGCUUUGCACUCUAGGAAAAGUAAGAGAUGGAGUCGAACAAGAAGAUGGAUUCUCUGGCCGGCAUAAAUAAACAGAGAGUGAUUUUGGUCACUUAUCUGAUAGCCGCUAUGGACAUCACAUGGCUUUUCCUUCAGUUCUCUAUAACACCAUAUUUGGCCAAAAGACUGGGUUUUGAUACUUUGUGGUUUGGCUAUCUUCAAACGACAGUGGGGAUCAUCCAGCUCCUUGGAGGGCCCAUAUUUGGCAGGUUUGCUGACCUGUUUGGGGCACAGGCCGCUCUGUCUGUGUCCUGCAUGGCAUCGGUGGUCUACUUUGUGCUGCUGGCAAUGGCAGACAGCACUGCAAUGCUCUUCAUUCACAAACUCCCUGCAGUGUUCAUGCAUGUCCUUCCAGGGACUCAGAUGGUGGUGGCGGACCUGACGGAGCCGGAGAAGAGGGCUGAUGCUCUGGCCAAGUUGGGCCUGUGCUUUGGGAUCGGGAUGAUCACAGGUUCCACUCUAGGGGGCACUCUCAGCACACGCUAUGGGGAGGGAUAUGCUGCUUGUACUGCUGUUGUUGGGAGCUUUAUAAGUUUGCUGUUGGUUUUGAAAUUCAUCCCCAAACACACUAAAGCACAGAUUGCACAGGACCAGAAUAACAAGAACCGCUCCAUCUUUAACCUGGGUGACAUCACCAGGCUCAUGAAGUACCCUGGAGUGGCGAAGACCUUCAUCGUCAAAAUCACCUCUGGCCUCCCCUCAGGUAUCUUUCAGGUCAUGUUCUCCGUCAUUGCCAUCAAUUUCUUCCAGUUGCAACCUGAGCAGAAUGGCUACCUGAUGGCCUACUUUGGUGUGAUGCAGAUGGUCAUGCAGGGGGCUGUGAUAGGACGCAUGACAGCCAGAUACUCUGAAAAGACGCUGCUGCUCCUGUCUGUUGGGGUGUCUAGUCUGGUGGGCCUGGCUCAGGCACUCAUGGCCAAUGUAUUCCAGUUCAGUCUUAUUGUCAUUCCCAUGAUGUUCUCCCUGAGUAUGUUCAAUGUAAUCACAGACAGCAUGCUCACCAAGAGCAUACCCUCAUCAGACACAGGCACUAUGAUGGGGCUGUGUGCUUCAGUGCAGUCCCUUAUGCGCACAGUUGGCCCUACCAUUGGAGGCCUCUUAUAUGAGAACUAUGGCGUGUCUUCAUUUGGAUACAUUCAGUGUGCCGUAAAUGCUGCAGUCUUUCUUUUCCUUUUCAAGGACAGGAGAACACAGAGAGUAAUCACUAGAAAAUAGGAGUGUUUACAAUGAGACCGUCCCUAUAGAGACCAGAAACUCAGGCAUUCUGUACCAAAAAACUGUGAUGACAUGAAAUGUGUACAACAGAGCUGCCAACUCUAAUGCAUUGACCGUGAGAUUCAUUAAUUUGAUUGGCUCCACGUGCUCUUACAGUACAGGUUAUGAUUUAUGUGAUCAUUCUGGCUGGUGACCUUACCUGUAAACCCAAAAUCACCAGCCAGAAUGAUCACAUAAAUCAUAACCUGUACUGUAAUUAUAUGAAUGAAAGCAGAAUUGUUAUAUAUAUAUUGGCAGAGAUUAUUGUAUGUAUGAUUGUAUUCACAGCCUAUGAUGUAUUUUCAUUAUAUUAAACACCUAUGUUAUAGUAUGAAUUUGAA